AUGCAGAUAUUCGUGAAGACCCUGACAGGAAAAACAAUCACUCUCGAGGUCGAGAGGAGUGAUACCAUCGACAAUGUCAAGGCAAAAAUUCAAGACAAGGAGGGUAUCCCACCAGAUCAGCAGCGGUUGAUAUUUGCUGGGAAACAGUUGGAAGAUGGACGAACUCUUGCGGAUUAUAAUAUCCAGAAGGAAUCAACGCUGCAUCUGGUGUUGAGGUUAAGGGGAGGCCUUUCCAUCAAGAUGCAGAUAUUCGUGAAGACCCUGACAGGAAAAACAAUCACCCUUGAGGUUGAGAGCAGCGAUACCAUCGACAAUGUCAAGGCAAAAAUUCAAGACAAGGAGGGUAUCCCACCAGAUCAGCAGCGGUUGAUAUUUGCUGGGAAACAGUUGGAAGAUGGACGAACUCUUGCGGAUUAUAAUAUCCAGAAGGAAUCAACGCUGCAUCUGGUGUUGAGGUUAAGGGGAGGCCUUUCCAUCAAGGUGAAAACCCUUACUGGAAAAGAGGUAGAGAUCGAUAUCGAACCCACUGAUACCAUCGAGCGGAUCAAAGAGUUGGUCGAGCAAAGGGAAGGAAUACCGCCCCUACAGCAAAAGCUCAUCUAUGGGGGAAAACAACUGAACGAUGAAAAAACGGUCGAAGAUUAUGGUUUAGAGGGAGGUUCUGUUCUCCAUCUUGUGCUGGCAUUGCGCGGCGGCUGUUAAUACAUUUGUUUAGAGCUAAGCAGCAGUGAUAGUUGUCAUUCUUCUGUAAGCAGCUGUUAUUCUUCUAUACUCCUGUUACUUGUUGAAAGAGAGCAAAUAUGAAUAAAGGCAUCUAUGCCAUUUUGCUCCAUGAUUUUUUCCUGUCAACA